CUUGUUUGUGGUCUGGCAUCGCAGCCAAGUACAUACAAUACCUUCUGCGUCCAACUGCUUGACGGUUGUACACGCAUUCCAUUGGCGGUAGACACUCGCUCAUUAUCCUCAACGAUGAAGGGGCGAACAAGGCUAUCCCUUCUUCUGUUGCUUGCCGAACUGAGCAGGGUGGGGGGUCCUUCGAGAUCCGGCAGCAACAAACAGGCAACGUUCUCCGAAGCUCUUCGUACCCGGGCCGCUUUCACUCGCUCCCUCGGGGGUCCGGCGUCCCGGUCAGAUCAAGUUCGGUUUUGGGUGGUCGAAUUUGCCACCGUUACAUAUUCGAAGCCGUUGACUCUAUGUGCAAGCAAGAUGGGCCCGGCCAAACACCAAGAGGGAUGGUAGAGGUUUGAGGGGCCGGCGGGAAUCGC